GAUAACAAUUGUGAAGCAGCUAAAGAGUCUUCACAAAGGCCAAGAAGACUCGACUAGUCAUUCAAAGGAAUGAUCAGUCAUCUUGAACCUUGUGUCCCUACCUAUAAAUGAAACUGGUUAGAAAACACAAAAAUUCAUCUCUCAUUAGCUUUAUGCUAUACUAAAACAAGAAUCACCAUGAACAUGCCCUUACUCUUCUUUUGGUCUGUCCUCACAUGUACUGGUCUUGUCUCUGCGCUUCCUUGCAUGAACACCAGCUUCUUUACACCAUUUUCUACUUACGACACAAACUGUUGCCUUGUCCUCACAUCCCUUGCUUCUAAUGUCCCGGCUAACCGAGGCUUCUACAACGCCUCAAUAGGCCAAUCUCCUAACAAAGUUUAUGCCACGGGGAUGUGCAUCCCAGGUACUGAACCAGAGGUUUGUUCAGCUUGUAUCAUGUCUGGAUCCUAUGCUUUAGUAGAGAACUGCCUGAUCCAGAAAGAAGCUUCGUUCUGGCAAUCAAACCGAACUCUUUGUAUGAUCAGAUACUCCCAUACUUCUUUCAUUGGAUCCCUCAAGUUAGAGCCGAGUAUCGAUGUGUCCAACCCUAUGGAUCUCAGAAUGAAUGCAACAGACUUUUCUAGAGCAUGGAAGGGAUUAACUCUCCGUAUGGGUCAAGCAAUUUCCUCAAAUAAAGACACAACAUGGUCUGGUGGCAGAUACUAGGCGGCAGAUGUAGCAGCCUUGCCUGAUUCUCAGACUCUCUAAGGCCUAAUGCAGUGCACGCCUGAUCUGUCGAAGGCUGACUGUAAUCUUUGUCUCCAGGAAAGUGUUAAUUUCUACCAGCAGUUUUUUCUUGGGCAGGAAGGAGGGAUUAUAAUGAGGCUAAGCUGUUUUCUUCGGACCGAGUUAUAUCCGUUUUUCGGAGCUUUUCAAGAUAUUGUUGCAAGAUCCCCGUUGUCACAACCGGUGUUUAAACCCCCAACUCCUCCAACACCACCUCUAGCCAAUAGAUCCAACGUCACCAAGUCAAGUAGUGGAAAAAUGUCAACGAGGAAGACUGUGGCGCUUUUUGUUCCAAUUGUUGUUGUCAUCAUCAUCAUCUUGGGAUUGAUUGCUGGCAGAUUUUCAGUACUUUGUUGGAGGAAAAAAUCAACUCAAGAAAUUGAUUUUGAUCAAUCUGGUAUUACGAGUGUGCACUCACUGCAAUUUGAUUUCAAGACAAUUGAAGCUGCAACAGACAAAUUUGCAAUGAGUAACAAGGUCGGUCAAGGUGGAUGAUUCGGCCAAGUUAACAAGGGUAUGCUGCCUAAUGGAACAGAAAUUGCGGUGAAGAGACUGUCAAAAACAUCAUCACAAGGUGCACAAGAGUUCAAGAACGAGGUUGUUGUUGUCGCAAAACUUCAGCAUAGAAAUCUUGUUAGGCUUCUUGGGUAUUGUCUUGAAGGGGAAGAAAAAAUUCUUGUUUAUGAGUUUGUGGCCAACAAAAGCCUCGACUAUUUCCUCUUCGACCCCACAAAGAAAAGACAGUUAGAAGACUGGAAGAAACGAUACAACAUUAUCGGGGGAAUCACUGGAGGAAUUAUUUAUCUUCAUCAAGAUUCACGGCUUACUAUCAUACAUCGUGAUCUCAAAGCGAGUAACAUCCUUUUGGAUGCUGAUAUGAACCCAAAGAUUGCUGAUUUUGGGAUGGCAAGGAUCUUUGGUAUGGACCAAAGUGGAGCUAAUACAAGCAGGAUAGUUGGGACACACGGUUACAUGCCCCCGGAAUAUCUGAUUCAUGGCCAAUUCUCAAUGAAAUCUGAUGUGUAUAGCUUCGGCGUCUUAGUUGAGAUUAUAUCUGGCAGGAAGAACAGCAGCUUCCACCAGACGUCAGAUGCAACAGCUGAGAAUUUUGUCACCCAAGCUUGGAAGCUUUGGAAAAACGGGUCACCAUUAGAGCUAGUUGAUCCAAACAUUGUACAGAAUUAUCAGAUCGAGGAAGUGACAAGAUGCAUCCACACUGCGCUCCUAUGUGUUCAGGAAGAUCCAACAGAUCGUCCCAACUUGUCGACAAUCACGUUGAUGCUCACUAGCAAUACCCUCAUCUUGCCUGUUCCUCAGCCACCUGGAUUCUUCCUUCAAAAUAGACGCAACCAGAAACAAGGUUUGGAGGAACUUGAGUCGAGCCAAUCUACAAUCAGGUCAUAUUCUCAGAGCAUUAAUGAUAUUCUCAGGUCUAUUGUAGAAGCCGGAAAACCGGACUGACAUAAACGAUAAAAUAAAACCGAUGUUAAGGAAAUAGACGAAUGAAAAGGGCGAAUACAAGAACG